UUAAACUUAAGUGAAACACAGCUCCUUCCAAAUGAAACACGAGCUUCUUCACUCCGUAGCACGAGCUACUUUUCUCUCCGUGGCUGCUACUUCUGCUUCUUCCGCCGCUGCCACUGCCGCCGUUGCAUCGCCCAAUCUCUCUCUGUCAUCCCUUGCGUCGCACGAGAUCCCUCCGUCGCCGCUCUCGUCGCAUCUACUCCCAUCGUCGCAGAGCUCUCUCUGCCGCUGCUCUCAUCGCAUCUGCUCCCUCUGGCGUCUCUUCCAUCUAAUCUCAACUCGCUCUCUCAGUUCUUCUCGUAACCAUCUCAAAUUUCAGGUUUUCUCUGAAGAAAGGUGGAAGGGAUGGCUUUGGUAAUUGGCAUCACAAGCACACGAGAUUCUGAAAGCCUUUUAAGGUGUCCCUCUUUCACAACUCAUUCACCUCUUUUUUGUCCCUCCAAUAUUCUUAAAUUAUCAGCCAAAUUAUAUGGAUUCUUCUAUU